GAUAAGGGUGGGCCUGCAUGCUCUUUCCUCAGCUAGAACGGUGGGACACUCAGCAGAUAAAGGACUAACUACCUCAUCAGGACCCGGGGGUUGAGCAGAGAGAGGCGUCACCAGCUGCUGUGGAACAUGGCACGGAGCCCUCAGCCCUGGACCAGGGGAGGAUAGCUAGGAUUCUGAAGGAAUCGAAUUACACAGGAUUAGCAUCGUUUUGUUCUCAUUUUGUUUCUCAAAAAUUAUUUUUCAGUUACUUUAUAAAACAGUUGGCUUGAAUUCUAAGAAGGAUUGAUUCUUAAUUGAGUCUUUGUGGGAUGUAAAUCAAGAUAAUUGGUUUUGUUUUUUUUUUUAAGUUUUCUAUUUUUGCAAUCAAAAGUAGCUAGCGUAGGAGGAAGAGUUUUUGUGAGCCUCUGCUUUUUUCUUUGUCAAAAAGGAAAAAAAAAAAUGCAUCCUCCAGAAACCACCACCAAGAUGUCUUCAGUUCGGUUCAUGGUGACACCAACAAAGAUUGAUGACAUCCCGGGUUUGUCAGACACCAGCCCGGACCUCAGCUCUCGAUCUAGUUCCCGAGUGAGAUUUAGUUCCCGAGAAAGUGUGCCAGAGACAAGCCGUAGUGAGCCUAUGAGUGAACUGUCUGGGGCCACCACUUCUCUGGCUACUGUUGCCCUAGAUCCUUCCAGUGACCGGACUUCUAACCCCCAGGAAGUUACCGAGGACCCGAAUCAGAACUCCGUCACAGGGGAGCACAGCCAGCUGUUAGAUGAUGGACAUAAGAAAGCUCGAAAUGCUUAUCUCAAUAAUUCCAACUAUGAAGAAGGAGACGAGUAUUUUGAUAAAAAUCUGGCACUCUUUGAGGAAGAAAUGGACACCAGGCCAAAGGUGUCUUCUCUCCUCAACCGCAUGGCCAACUAUACUAAUCUGACACAGGGAGCAAAAGAACAUGAAGAGGCAGAGAACAUCACCGAAGGGAAAAAGAAGCCUACCAAGAGUCCCCAAAUGGGUACUUUCAUGGGUGUCUACCUCCCAUGUCUACAAAAUAUUUUUGGAGUGAUCCUCUUUCUGCGUCUUACCUGGGUAGUGGGCACAGCCGGAGUCCUUCAGGCCUUUGCAAUUGUCCUUAUCUGCUGCUGCUGUACAAUGUUGACUGCGAUCUCCAUGAGUGCCAUUGCCACUAAUGGAGUGGUGCCAGCUGGCGGCUCAUACUUCAUGAUUUCCCGGGCCCUGGGCCCAGAGUUCGGUGGGGCUGUUGGCCUCUGCUUUUAUCUUGGCACCACAUUUGCAGCAGCCAUGUAUAUUCUUGGUGCCAUUGAAAUUUUUCUGGUGUAUAUUGUUCCCCGAGCUGCCAUUUUUCGAAGUGAUGAUGUUCUCAAGGAGUCAGCAGCCAUGCUCAAUAACAUGCGUGUCUAUGGCACAGCCUUCUUGGUCCUCAUGGUCUUGGUGGUAUUCAUUGGCGUACGCUACGUGAAUAAGUUUGCCUCACUUUUCCUGGCCUGUGUAAUUGUGUCCAUCUUGGCUAUCUAUGCUGGUGCCAUCAAGUCUUCCUUUGCUCCACCACACUUCCCGGUCUGCAUGCUGGGCAACCGCACCCUGUCAUCAAGACACAUUGAUGUUUGCUCUAAGACCAAGGAAGUGAACAACAUGACAGUGCCAUCGAAGUUGUGGGGAUUCUUCUGUAACUCAAGCCAGUUUUUUAAUGCCACCUGUGAUGAGUACUUUGUUCACAAUAAUGUCACCUCAAUCCAAGGCAUUCCUGGGCUGGCUAGUGGUAUCAUUACUGAAAACCUUUGGAGUAAUUAUUUACCAAAGGGUGAGAUUAUUGAAAAGCCAUCAGCCAAGUCAUCUGAUGUCGUGGGCAACUUAAACCAUGAGUAUGUCCUCGUUGACAUCACCACCUCCUUCACUCUCCUGGUGGGGAUCUUCUUUCCUUCUGUCACAGGUAUCAUGGCUGGGUCAAACAGAUCCGGAGAUCUGAAAGAUGCUCAGAAGUCCAUUCCCAUUGGAACCGUCCUUGCCAUCCUGACCACAUCCUUCGUGUAUUUAAGCAAUGUUGUCCUUUUCGGUGCAUGUAUUGAAGGAGUUGUUCUCAGAGACAAAUUUGGGGAUGCUGUGAAAGGUAAUUUGGUUGUAGGCACGUUAUCCUGGCCAUCCCCGUGGGUGAUUGUUAUUGGCUCAUUCUUUUCAACAUGUGGGGCUGGACUUCAGAGCCUCACAGGUGCACCGAGGCUGCUACAGGCUAUUGCCAAGGAUAAUAUCAUACCUUUCCUUAGGGUUUUUGGUCACAGCAAAGCCAAUGGAGAACCUACCUGGGCCUUACUUCUAACUGCUGCCAUAGCGGAGCUGGGAAUUCUCAUCGCUUCCCUGGAUCUCGUGGCCCCAAUUCUUUCCAUGUUUUUUCUCAUGUGUUACCUCUUUGUGAACUUGGCAUGUGCCUUGCAAACAUUACUCCGAACCCCUAACUGGAGGCCCCGAUUCCGUUACUACCACUGGGCCCUCUCUUUCAUGGGAAUGAGUAUCUGUCUAGCUCUGAUGUUCAUUUCUUCCUGGUAUUACGCUAUUGUAGCUAUGGUGAUAGCUGGCAUGAUCUACAAGUACAUUGAGUACCAGGGGGCUGAGAAAGAAUGGGGUGAUGGUAUCCGCGGGCUGUCGCUCAGUGCAGCUCGCUUUGCUUUGCUCCGCCUAGAGGAAGGACCUCCUCACACUAAGAACUGGAGGCCUCAGUUGCUUGUAUUGCUGAAGCUGGAUGAAGACUUACACGUCAAGCACCCCCGCCUCCUCACCUUCGCCUCACAGCUCAAGGCAGGAAAGGGACUCACUAUUGUGGGCUCUGUCAUUGUGGGGAACUUCCUGGAGAACUACGGUGAAGCUCUAGCCGCGGAGCAGACCAUUAAGCACCUAAUGGAGGCAGAAAAGGUGAAAGGAUUCUGCCAGCUGGUGGUAGCUGCCAAGCUGAAGGAGGGCAUGUCACACCUCAUCCAGUCCUGUGGCCUUGGGGGCAUGAAGCACAACACAGUGGCGAUGGGCUGGCCCAGUGGCUGGCGCCAGAGUGAAGACUCUCGCGCCUGGAAGACUUUCAUUGGCACAGUUCGAGUGACAACUGCUGCCCAUCUAGCCCUGCUGGUGGCUAAAAAUGUCUCCUUCUUUCCCAGCAACGUGGAACAAUUUUCUGAGGGCAAUAUUGAUGUGUGGUGGAUUGUGCAUGAUGGGGGCAUGCUCAUGCUAUUACCGUUCCUACUGAGACAGCACAAGGUAUGGCGAAAAUGCAGCAUACGGAUCUUCACAGUAGCCCAACUAGAAGACAACAGUAUCCAGAUGAAGAAGGACCUGGCUACCUUCCUGUACCAUCUGCGCAUUGAGGCAGAAGUGGAAGUGGUAGAGAUGCAUGACAGUGACAUAUCUGCCUAUACAUAUGAGCGCACCCUGAUGAUGGAGCAGAGGUCCCAGAUGCUCCGGCACAUGCGGCUAUCCAAAACAGAACGAGACAGAGAGGCACAACUGGUGAAAGAUCGAAACUCAAUGCUACGCUUAACUAGCAUUGGCUCUGAUGAGGAUGAAGAAACAGAAACAUACCAGGAAAAAGUGCACAUGACUUGGACCAAGGAUAAAUACAUGGCAUCCCGGGGGCAAAAGGUCAAGUCAAUAGAAGGAUUCCAGGACCUACUUAAUAUGCGUCCGGAUCAGUCCAAUGUGAGACGGAUGCAUACAGCAGUGAAGCUCAAUGAAGUUAUAGUUAACAAGUCCCAUGAAGCAAAGCUGGUUUUGUUGAAUAUGCCAGGACCACCCCGAAACCCUGAAGGUGAUGAAAAUUACAUGGAAUUCCUAGAAGUACUCACGGAGGGACUAGAGCGAGUCCUCCUCGUCCGGGGUGGUGGCAGUGAAGUGAUCACCAUUUACUCAUAAUCAGCUUAUGGAAGAUUGUUUGGUCUUACUGUCCCUAGAAGACUCAUUGUCCAUGGAGAUGACAGCUCUUUCCUACAACUCCCACUCUAUUCUUGCGGAGCUGAGCCCCAACUAUGCUCUUGGCUGCAAUAUGACCUGCCAUCCCAGCAGAAGCAAAUAUUCCCUCAACAUCAGAAUGGUCAAGUCCUAAAAACUAUUUCUAUGGCAGGAGAAGGCAAGUCAAAAUUAACAAGCUAAGCCUAAAGGAACCUUUUGGCACACUGAAGGUAGUAAGUAAAACAUAUGCUAGAAAUUUAACUAAAACCAGAAAGCAAGUUCAUUUCCAACAUUCAGGAUGUAUCUCAGAAGACACAGUUCAGUGAUGGCACCAGAGAGGUAGCAGGCAGCCUACCUCACCUUAGUUAAAAAAAAAAAAAAAAAAAAAACCA